AUGGAGGCAGAGUUGCACGAGUUUCGAAAAUCGCUGUCCACGCAAUCCUCUGGUGUCGUUGAAUCGUCGGCACUGCUCUCCACUCGGGGCGCAUCAGUGCCGGUGAGCUUCAAUCACCAGGACCCACUAGAGGAUAAAACGCAAUCGGAAAUCCUCAGGCAGCUGGGGAUGGAGAUGUCGCAGAGCCCACAAGCGACCAUUCUGCGACGAAUGAAGGAGGAGGCGCGAAAUAAGGAUACGAGCCUCGGCAAGCUUGAGGACGAGCGUAUCGUUGCUCUUGAGAAGGAAGCCAUGACACGCGAACUCGACCACUUGCUUACCGAGGAGGUGCCGCUCGCUGUCGCAGACAUGCUGCGUGUCCUUACGGAGUGUAUGGACGACCUCAAGGGCGACACGGAAGAGGAGAACAGAAACAGAGAGGCGCAGGAGACGCUCGAACAGGAGCGGGCGCGGUUGCGGAAGAAGGUGGCGUCGAACCUCGACUCCAUGCUCAAGUACGGCCUCAAGGUCAAGGAAAAGGAGGAAGAGGAACCAAAGCCACCAGCAGUGGAGGAUGAGAAGAAGGGACCCAAACGCAACUAUCUGCUCGACUUCAACAAGAAGACCGAAGGGGACGUCGCUGUAGUGCGAGGUUUUGCCGCGGUGUCGGGCUGGCGUGUCUUCAAGUCGGAGCUGCGAAUCAAGGUGAACCCGACAUGGGGCAAGAAGCUGCCGGUCGCAGUGAAGGCGCAAGUAUCGCCCCUGGAUCCGCUGCGGCUGCCGCAGAUACAAAAUGCCCACAACUACAUGCGCAUGGCGAUUGGCGAGCUCAAGCGUCUACAACGGCUAAUGAACAAGAACGAAGGCAAGGCCGAACAGCGAAUCCUUACCGAAGCUUUCAAGAGAAUCAAAGACGAGCUGCGGAUGGCCAGGGAGGAACUAGUCACUUAUGAGAUGCACGACUUUCCAGACAGUUUGUUUGCUCCCAGCGGGUUCCUGCCAGCCUUGCCGCCAGACAUCGCCGUCGAGUUCCACGGGUUGCUUCAAUCGGGCGGGGCCAUUGUCGAUCCCUCCACCGUCAGUCGUAACCGGCUUCCCAAGCCUCACACGCGCCAAAUGCCGGCUGUGGAGAUCAUGGACGCCAUUCGCAUUCCCUGCGACGUGCCCGCCCUCAAGAACGCCGUGCACGCGCUGGAGCAGGCCGACGAUUUGGCCGACGAGCUCCGGGACAAGCUACUCGCCGUGUGCUACAACUUCCGCAGCGCGGGUAUGCACAUGACGCGACCGGGCGACGAGGCAGAGCGAACAGAGGAGGAGGAUUCGCUUCUCGACGACUCGCAAUCUGAGCCCGAAGAUGAAAGCAAUUCGGAGAAGGAGCAAUAA